AUGAAUCAAAUGCCAGAUAUGCCCGUCCAGGUCCCGGUGGACGACCCUAACGCCGACACUGAAUGGAACGAUAUUCUCCGCAAGCAUGGCGUCAUCCCCGAGAAGCCCCCCUCGCCCACGCCCAUGAUCGAGGAAGCCCUUGUCGAGGCGCGGAGACUUGCACAUGAGAACCGCCUUGAGGGCAAGGACUUGGACGAACUUGCCGAGCUGGAAGACGAGGAGGAUGACGACUUCCUCGAGCAAUACCGCAAGAAGCGCAUGGCCGAGCUCUCCACCAUCCAGACCGCCUCGAAGUUCAACCAAGUGUAUCACUUACAGAAGCCCGACUACUCGCGCGACGUGACAGAAGCGUCCAAAGAGGCCUGGGUUCUUGUGCUCCUCACAGCUGCCAGCACCAACACCGAGUCCCAGAGGGGUGUCGAGCUUUGGCGUGAGCUGGCCCGUAAGUUCGGGGACAUCAAGUUCUGCCAGAUUAGGGGCAACAUGUGCAUCGAAGGAUACCCGGACAAGAACACUCCCACCGUCCUCAUCUACAAGGAUGGAGAUAUUAAGAGGCAGAUCGUAACGCUGAGGGAGCUCAACGGGCCACGCACGUCUGUGGAAGACGUCGAAAAGCUGCUGAUAGACCUCGGUGCCCUCAAACACGGUGACCCCCGGCUUCGGCGCAAGGAUGAAGAGGCCGAGGAGAGCUCCAAGAAGAUUCGUCAGACUCGUGUCGACGAUGACGAGGAUAGCGACUGGGAUUGA